CAUCUCCCUCCUGCUCUCCGCCUGCCUACAGCGCCACGCCGGCUCCCCAGCCUGGUCGGCCGAUCGCCAGCCGCUGAGAGUUUGCCGAGCCGCCCCCUGGGGCCCCGCGCCGCCGAGUCCCGCUAAGGCGAAGACGCAAGCAGGCCGGGGAGAGCGCGGAAGAAAAACAAGCGGGCGCGCCGCGGGAGCCCCAGGAGGGCGGCCGGGUGGCGGCGGGCGGCGGCCGGGGCGGGCCGGCGCCGACAGCCUGGGGGAGCGCGCACCGGAAAGUUCGGCCCCGGCGGCGGCGCGCGCCUGCCCCGCGGCGCGCCGGCAGACGAACUUGCCCUCUCCGCGCGGCUCGAGCGGCGAGCGUUUCCCAACGAGAGCGGGCCGAGCGCGCCACGGCCAGGGGUGGGGAGCGAGGCGGCUGGCGGAGGGCGCCGAGGGAGCGCGGCCGCCACGGGCCCCCAUGCCGGCGGCCAACAUGCUGGAGAACCUGCAGCCGCCCGCCCUGCAGGUGCCCGAGCCCGAGGGCGCGCCCGAGGGCAGCCCGCUCUGGUCCAGCUCGUCGACCCCCACGCUCCGCCGCCGGCGCUUCAAGAUGCGCCGCAUGAAGAACGUGCAGGAGCAGAGCCUGGAGGCCGGGCUGACCCGGGACCUGCCCGGCGUCCUGGCCCCGGGCAAGGAGUUCCUGCAGCUGCCGUCCAUCGAGAUCACGCCCUCCAGCGACGAGGACACCCCCUGGUCCAACUGCUCCACACCCAGCGCUUCUCCGCGCCGAAAGCGCUUCCUCCUCCGCAAGUGGCUCAGGGUGAGGGAGCGAAAGGAGUGCAGUGAAAGCAGCAGCCAACAGAGCAGCCAGCAGAGCAGCCACGACGAUGAUGCCAGCAGGUUCCUGAGUCCCAGAGCGCGGGAGGAAAGCACUGCCAGUAACUCAAACCGCAGCACGCCGGCCUGCUCCCCCAUCCUCCGCAAACGGUCUCGCUCGCCAACCCCGCAGAGCCCGGACGGAGACACCAUGGUGGAGAAGGGCUCCGAUCACUCCUCGGACAAGUCCCCGUCCACGCCGGAGCAGGGUGUGCAGCGCAGCUGCUCCUCACAGUCUGGCCGGAGUGGUGGCAAAAAUUCCAAGGUACGGGUGGCCUUUGCCAGAUGUUUGCAGGCGAAGACUGUGACUGUAGCUCCCUCAGCAGGGCAACAGUUGGUUAAAAGCCAGAGUUGGUAUAAUGUGUUAAGCCCAACUUACAAGCAGAGAAAUGAAGACUUCCGAAAGCUCUUUAAGCAACUUCCAGACACAGAGCGUCUCAUUGUUGAUUACUCAUGUGCACUCCAAAGAGACAUUCUUCUUCAGGGCCGACUCUACCUCUCUGAAAAUUGGAUCUGCUUCUACAGCAACAUCUUCCGCUGGGAAACUCUGCUGACGGUCCGUUUGAAAGACAUCUGCUCCAUGACUAAAGAGAAAACAGCUCGCCUCAUUCCCAAUGCCAUUCAAGUUUGCACUGACUCUGAAAAGCACUUUUUCACGUCAUUUGGGGCCCGGGACAGGACAUACAUGAUGAUGUUCCGGCUCUGGCAGAACGCACUCCUGGAAAAGCCCCUCUGCCCCAAGGAGCUCUGGCACUUCGUUCACCAGUGCUACGGGAAUGAACUGGGCCUUACCAGUGACGAUGAGGACUACGUGCCCCCUGAUGACGACUUCAACACGAUGGGCUACUGUGAGGAGAUCCCCGUGGAAGAGAAUGAAGUGAACGACAGCUCAUCCAAAAGCAGCAUCGAGACCAAGCCGGAUGCCAGUCCGCAGCUCCCCAAGAAGUCCAUCACCAACAGCACGCUGACGUCCACAGGGAGCAGCGAGGCCCCUGUCUCGUUCGAUGGCCUGCCCCUGGAGGAGGAGGUGCUGGAGGGCGAGGGGUCUCUGGAGAAGGAGCUUGCCAUUGACAACAUCAUCGGGGAGAAGAUUGAGAUCAUCGCGCCUGUGACCUCCCCUUCGCUGGACUUCAAUGACAAUGAGGACAUCCCCACUGAGCUGAGUGACUCUUCCGACACCCACGAUGAAGGGGAGGUCCAGGCCUUCUACGAGGACCUGAGUGGCCGGCAGUAUGUGAACGAGGUCUUCAACUUCAGCGUGGACAAGCUCUACGACCUGCUGUUCACGGACUCGCCCUUCCAGCGGGACUUCAUGGAACAGCGGCGCUUCUCCGAUAUCAUCUUCCAUCCGUGGAAGAAGGAAGAGAACGGAAACCAGAGCCGAGUGAUCCUGUACACCAUCACCCUCACCAACCCUCUGGCUCCGAAAACUGCCACUGUCAGGGAGACGCAGACCAUGUACAAGGCGAGCCAGGAGAGCGAAUGUUACGUGAUCGACGCCGAGGUCCUCACGCACGACGUGCCCUACCACGACUACUUCUACACCAUCAACCGCUACACGCUCACCCGCGUGGCUCGGAACAAGAGUCGGCUCAGGGUCUCCACAGAGCUGCGCUACCGCAAACAGCCCUGGGGCUUGGUGAAGACGUUCAUCGAGAAGAACUUCUGGAGUGGGCUGGAGGACUACUUCCGCCACCUCGAGAGCGAGCUGGCCAAGACGGAGAGCACGUACCUGGCUGAGAUGCACAGACAGUCUCCCAAAGAGAAGACCAGCAAGGCCCCGGCCGUUCGGAGGAGGAAGCGUCCCCAUGCCCACCUGCGGGUGCCUCACCUGGAAGAGGUGAUGAGCCCCGUCACCACACCCACCGAUGAAGACGUGGGCCACAGGAUCAAACACGUAGCAGGUUCCACGCAGACACGGCAUAUCCCCGAGGACACCCCUAACAGUUUCCAUCUGCAGAGUGUGUCCAAGCUGCUGCUGGUUAUCAGCUGUGUGAUCUGUUUCAGUCUGGUGCUGCUGGUUGUCCUUAACAUAAUGCUCUUCUACAAACUCUGGAUGUUGGAAUACACCACCCAGACCCUCACCGCCUGGCAGGGUCUGAGGCUCCAAGAAAGGUUACCCCAGUCUCAGACAGAAUGGGCCCAGCUCUUGGAGUCCCAACAAAAGUACCACGAUACAGAGCUCCAAAAAUGGAGAGAGAUCAUCAAAUCCUCGGUAAUGCUUCUUGACCAGAUGAAGGACUCGCUCAUCAAUCUCCAGAAUGGCAUCAGGUCCCGAGACUACACGUCAGAAAGUGAAGAGAAGAGGAACCGCUAUCACUGACAAGGCUGUGAAGCCUUUCAUCUGUCCAUCCUUCCUCCUCCUCACUAGAAGAAACACUGGAGAGAAGUCAUUCCUGGUCCUAGUACUUCUCUUUUGACUCAGUUCAAACCUUGUUGGGGUUUUGAUUAAUUGUGAAGCUUUGCCUAAAAUCCUGGGGUUGUCAUAGAGCACUGACCCUAAGAACCUGGGAUUACAGGAAGGGGGAGAGGGAUCAAGAAACCUCAAGAAGAAUGCUUUGCUAGAAAUGGCUUCUCUCCCUGUCCCUGUCCUGACACAAGCGUGGACCAUGUCUAAAAUCAUUUCUGGGCAGCAUCUCUAGGGUGAAGUCUUGGAGAAAGGACCAGGGAGAAGAAUCUUUCUGGACUGUGGUCUCAGAAGGCUGUUCUCUGUGCCAUGCUGUGCUGCUGCUUUAGCUCUGCAGAACAGCUAGAGCGAGGCCCCUUCCUCCCUAGGGCCCCCAGGUGGCAGGGCUGUGAUCUCCCUCCCCACACCCCCUGGACCUCACCUGCCCACUCCAGUAGGAAACUUGAGAACCUGUCUUCCUGACUCUCUCCUCCCCCGACCCCUUGUCUCUAGGCUGUGGGACAAUCAUCCCAUCCACCACUUAACAUCCUUGACCCUCAUCCCCCAAUCUCCAGCAGGCUGGCCCCCCUCCCUCCAACUCUAUGUUUUCUUCCAGAAGAUGCAUUUUUGGGUCCGAGUCGAGCGUUUUUCUGGAAGGUCGUCUCUUAACACCCCCUGCUUCCCUGAUAUGGAGCAGGAAUUUGCACAAGGUGUAGAGAGCACCCCUUCCCACCUCUCUGCCCAGCCUUGUUACCUCACUCCUGCUCCAGCCAUGGCUGUGGACGGGCCCAGCCAGCUCCCUGGCUCGGUGUUGGGUGCGACAGCUCAGGGGUCUUGGGCAUUGUUCUCUGUUGUGACUUGAGGUCCUCAGCAGGCCUGGGAGCCUGGACUGGAACCUUGGCCACUGGCGGGAAGCACCUUGCCUGCCAAGAGGAGCUGAUGCCAGACGAUGUACCCAGCAUGUGAAAGAGUAAAGAAUACUGUCAUCUGUGCCCCGUGGCUUCCUUGCUUCUCACAACACAGUGAGACGCUGCAGAAACAAGAUGGCGGCCUCCGCUCCAGGCGAGACAGCUGGCUCUGUCUGGGGAGUUGGCCCUGGGCUCGGGUUUCACGUGCUGAGAUUGCAUAACGAAAGCAACCAUUUUUGCCAACAGUAGUGUGGCUCCCCACAUUUCCCUGUCCUGCACUCUAAGGCCAGACCACUCUCUGCAUGGACCAGGUCAUCUUCCCAAACCCAUGGUGCUUUUCCCCCGACCCCCACUCAACCUAGACUCCCAAAGUGGGGAGAGAUGAGUCAGAGGCCCCAGGGGCCCCUGGAUAAUCCUGACAAUGGGUGGAGUGGGUGAGGCAGAGGGAGCAGCCCCCAGCACCUGCAUGGGGCCAUAUAUGGGAAAGAACACCGGUCGACUGCAGUUGAGUUGUCUGGCCUCUGUAUUUGGAUCUAGAACUGUACUUUGCCUGGCGCUGUGCGCAAGGUCUGAAAACUUACCUGCUAUUACCUAGAACCAUACACGGCUUCCCAGCCAGAUCUUCAUGUAAAGUAGCUAGAGCCAUGGAAGUACAGUAUGAAUUAAAAGAAAAAAGUAUUGAACUACAAA